AUGCGGCUCACAAACGCCUCAGCACUCAACCCACCCUCUUCGCCUCAACUGCCUCCAUCUCUAGCCCAGCCUGAUGACGCUCGCAGACUAAACCCACGUCAAGCUCAGUCUUCCUCUUCCUCUCCAUCAUCUUCACCAUCAUCAGCAUCCACUUCCUCUCGCUCCGGCAAUGUAUCAUCUCCAGCAUCUAGCACAGCCUCAGCAUCGCAAUCAGCGUCACAACAACCACAUCACUCGUCGUCACCACCACCAUCAUCAUCAUCAUCAUCAUCAUCAUCAUCAUCAUCAAUAUCAUCAAUAUCAUCAUCAUCUUCCGCAUACUACCCCUCGUCUACAUCCACAUCUUCCGACUCAUCUUCAUCAUCUGGCGGCCGUGCGGCCGUCGGUGGCAUGAGCUCUCCCGCUUCCGGCUCGCUCGACAGCACACGCAUCGUUCUUUCUCGCGGCUUUGCCAAUGGUCAGCUCACCUACACCGUCCCCAUCACUGCCGCCAAUCAGCGAAUGAAUGCACAGCUCGACACAGGUAGCGGUGAUCUCUGGCUUGCCAAUCAGGACUGCGACACAGACUCAUGCAGAGGUCACCAGGGUCUCACUGUCACCAAGUUCAACGAUCGUGCAGACUCGGUCGUCGACCAGGACACACCUUUCAGCAUCGACUAUCUGCUCGGUUCAGCUUCUGGCAGAGUCAAGACCACAUCCAUGCUCUUGGGCGACUCCAUCACUUCACGCCUCAUCAUCAACUCGCAAGCCUUUGGUUCGUGCAAUCAGGUUGCCAACGAGGAUAUGGAUUCAGGCAACUUUACCGGCAUCAUUGGCUUCGGUCCUCCCGCCAACAGUCUCAUCCAGGCCGAUCUCAAUGCGACAAGCAACACAGCAUACCGCAACGUUGACCUCCGUCCACCAGAGACCGGUGCUGUCCUUGCCGGCUUGUGGUACAACGCUCGUCCUGGCCGCAGAUUCGUCGCCCUCGGCCUCCAGCGUCUUGAGGAGGACGGAGGAAAAGGUGACAGCAUCUUAACCAUCGGAAACCACGAUCCUUCUUACGCUGGCAGCUUUAACCCCAACAUCAACUAUACCACCGCCAUCGCCGAUGCAGACGGCGUCGUGCGUCAUUGGCGAGUCGCCCUUACAGAUCUCAGCGUCCAACUCCAACACGCUAUCACUGAGCCCAUCCCCAUCGGCACCUCGAGCGUCAUCUCUGGCUCGAACCCCAUCGCAGUCUUUGAUUCCGCUGCCAGCAUCAAUCUUGGACCGGUCAGCACCCUCAACGCCCUCUACGGCGCAUGGGGCAUUGGGCCUGCCACGGAUGGCGGAUACUAUGUUCCCUGCGACCUCCAGCUCAACAUCACUCUCGGCCUUGGUGGCAUUCAGGUGCCCAUCCACCCUCUCGACGCCAGUCUCCAGACAGGCUCGGGCAACGGUCCCUCGGGCGAUCGUUCGAUCUGCCUCGGAUCUUUCCAGGCCCUCCGAUCCCUCUCUGGCUCCUCGAAUGGCGCCAACCUCAACUCGAGCUUCCUCCCCGCCGAUUUUGUCCUUUCUCCAGCCUUCAUGCGAAGUGCUUAUACCGUCUUCUCGUGCGAUAAUGGUCUCGAUAUUGCCGUAGCCGCGGCGGCUAACAUGACCCCUAGCAGCCCCUGUCAGGCUGCAGUAGGUCUGCGACCGCUUGUCAAUAUGACCACCGCCACCCAGCAGUUCACUGCCGUGCGCAUCAAGAAGCAGACUCUCGGCCAGUCCGGUCUGCACGGAGGACCGGGCAUCUCAGGAUCUGGCAACUCUAAAGGCCUUUCGGAAGGCAUCAAGGUCGUCAUCGGCUGUGUCGUCGCAAUCAUUGUCAUCGCUGGUCUCUUUGGUGUCGCGCUUUGGCGUUUGCGAAGGCGGCGUCGCCGUGUUGCUGUCGCACGAGCUGCUCUUCUUGCAGCACAGGGCGAGAAGCCUGCAGAUCCAGGAGCGGGCCCAGGCAACGGCUACAGUGCAGUCGGCGCUGCUCACGCAAACAAGCAGAGCAACCCUUACAGUCUCGUCAAGAUCGACGGCCUCAGCGUGCCCAUGCAGGUCCUCGGCAAGGACGACGACAGCAGCAGCAACCUAGUCCUCUCGCCUGCUCAGCGUGCCAAGGCGCGUCAGCUUCACCAUAUUCACGGUCUCUUUGAUGACGAGCUCCAGGAUGACGAGGCUGGCCGUGGCGUCGACCCACAAUGGGGCGAAGAGGCCCCCGCCAACAAGCACAACCUGCAAGCUGCAGGCCUUCUCAGCUGGGAUGUCUCUUCUACCGGCUACGUCGAUGCGCGCAAAGUCAAGAACGCAUACCUUGCAUCGCUCACCGAAGACGAACGCAAAGCUUUCCUCCAGGCCAAACGUCAGCAGCCCGACUUUGGCCGCAGCUCCAUCCAAAACCAAUUGCAGACCCUUGACGAGCGCAGCGUUCAGUACACUCAGACUCAACAGGACGCUCACUCCCAAUCGGACCACAGCUCACAAAACCAGUACCCAAAUAACCACAGCAGCAACCGCGCCUCGUCGCCAGCACCUUUGCUCCAGCACGAACAACUGCGUUGA